AUGUUGUAUUCGAAAACUUAACCUAGACGUUUAUUUACAAAUCUUUUUCAAUUAUAAUUUUAAUAAAUACUAGAAAAUAUAGGAAUAUUGGGCUCUUCAAACAACUAUUUUUAUUGAAGUGUUCUACCGGAUUUGUUGUUUUUGAUUUAUCAAUACCACAGGUGAAGAACCUAAUACUGGUUACUAUAGAAACAAACAAUGAAAAGAAAAUGUUUAAUCGAAGACGUUGACGGUAAUCUCGACAGCUUCGAGAAGAAAAUUAGAGCUAAUUUCGCGAGUACUUCCAAUUCAACUUCGGCAACAAUGCACAAAAAUUCAAUCUGGUACAGGUCACUUCUUGACGCGGAAAAAACUUGCCUAAAAGAAGAUAAAAUAAAGAAAAUUCACUACAAAUUCGAUGAUGGCAAGGAAAUGGUGGAAGAGUAUAAUAUAGACACUCAAGUACUGCUACGUAGAGCGUGGAAGGUAAAAGCGAAGCUCGGAGGAGAAGGGAAAUGGGAUGUAGAAGUUGGUGACCCAAUCCCAGAUGGUAUACCUACUAAUAUGGAAGCUGCUGAUAUAACGGAGAGAAAUGAUCAGCCACAACUAACAAGACGUAACACAAGAGUGAAUCUGGAAUGGAGAAUCCGAAAUUUGCCUUACCCCAUUGAGACAUAUUCUGUUAGUGCCAAUAAUGAUGAGAGGCGCAUUAUUAUCCGUACUACUAAUAAGAAGUAUUUUAAGAAACUAGAGGUCCCCGAACUGGAUAGACUUAAUCUACCAUUAGAGCAAGCCAACAUACAGGCUUCACAUAAGUAUAAUACUUUAAUUAUUGUGUAUAAGAAACCUCAACCAUUACUAGACAUGGAGAAAGAAUGGUACGAAGAAUUGAAGAAGGUUAAAGCCGUCAAGGACAUUCCUGAUAAUUGUAAAGCGCAGUAAAUAAAACAGUAUCUUGUAUUGUUUUAUAA